GCGGGUAGUAGAGGAUCAGUGAGUGUGUGUUUAUGAAAGCGUGUGUGUAACUCAGUUGUGUGGGCCUGUGUGUCAAUGUGUGCCUCACAUGGAGAGUAAUUAAACUCAGCAAGACACUAAAGAAGAAGAGAGGGAGGAGGAAGAGUACAAGGAAAGGAAACAGUUGAACUACUAAGAAGAAGAAGAAGAAGAAGAAGAAGAGGAGGAAGACAGGAUUGAAAAGCUGAAAAACAAACAGAGAGGAGAGUAAAAACUGAGUGACAGUUACAGGAAAACUGGACUUCUACUGCAUUGGUACUACUGCUGCUGACAGCGCUACUGCAGAAUGGGAGACAUGGAGAGGAAUGCUGGAAAGGAUUAUGUCUCCCUCAUUACUCAACACUAAUCUCUCUCCACACACACACACACACACACACACACACACACACACACACACACACACACAAACACACAUGCACGCACACACCUUGUAUGUCUUGUAAAAGACCUUUGGCGUGUGGAUUAUUGACUUUGUAGCCUCUGCAGGGUAGCCAUGUUUGAAGUCCUAGAGCACUUAAGUGUAGUAAUAAUUCAUCGUCAUAAUAUCACUGAGCGUAAUAAGAGAUUUGCAGUUUGAGUGUACUUCAUAAUACAACUUUUUAAAACAAUUCUUUGGGUAGAGUAUUUUAUGGACUGUAACUUUCGGACUGUAAUUGCUUUACCCUUGUACUAAAGUGUGUUCCAGCUCUAGCUAGCAAAGAAUACAUUUGAUUGAGCAGUUAAAUUAUAAUGCUCUGUGUUGUUGUUUGAGUAUCGUACAUAUAGAGUCCAGUGUCUGAGAAAAGUAUUGGAGUAUAGCUUUUGCUAUAGUGCAGUCCUGUUAAUAUCACAGCUUCAGAGGAUUUUUAUAAGAAAAUGUAGCGGUUCUAGUAUUGUACCCUGGUGUUGCCCUUUGGUUUUAGUUCUUUGAGCAAAGUAUACACAGUCAGUCUUUGUCUCAUGGUUAUUGGUCAUAUUUCCAGUAUCUAACCAGAGUAGGUGACAGGAUGGGGACUUCAUCACAUUUUUAAGGAAGACUGCAUUUAAAGCUUUGUGGUUUCGUGGAAAGUCUGAAGAACUUGCUAUCACGAGAAUUUUGCUAUUUUGGUCUUCAUGGAAUUCCUUUUAAUUUCCGUUAAUUAAUGGGUAAAUGUUGAAUACUUAGAAAGGAACGUUUGGAGUUUGAUAGCUUGGACUACACAGGAAGUAUUCAGGGUUAAAGUGAUAAAAGGACUUUUCUUACCAAAAUAUGUCCAAUUUAGCAAGAACGACCAAGAAUUACAUUAGUUGUAGCUUGUAAUACCAAAAUGUGACAAGGGUUAGGGUAAGAAAACAGGAACUCAAAAAAUUGUCUGUCAUGGAUUCUGACCUGGGAGCAGUCACUCAUCUGGAACAUGGGGUUGGACUUGAGGCCUGUGGUGGUGCUCCUGAUCGAAAAAGUGAAGAGCCAGAAAUGGAAGAAGAGGGGUCAUUAAAUGUAAAAGGAGGCGAUGGAGAUUUCAGCUCUGCAUCCUCUUCCUCUAAUUCCUCUCUGCCCUCCUCGUCCUCCACCCUCCCCGCGUGCUUCUCCUCGUCCCACCCAAUUUGCGUGGAAGAAGAGAAGGAGAUGCUGACUGGCUGCUCCAAGUCUUUCACUGGACUCAAGCUCUUCACCAGGAGGAAAGCAAUAGCCAAGUCUGGCCUGCACCAUCUUCCCUGCCAGCCCAGUACAUCGUCCCUGAGCGACCCAGAAGCAAAUAUCCGCAGUACUCUGGACUGGACUGAUUCGGCCGUGUAUGGAGAUCACAUCUGGUUUGAGACAAACGUGUCUGGAGACUACUGUUACGUGGGAGAACAACACUGUAUUGCCAAAGCACUGCAAAAGUCAGUCAGUCGAAGGAAGUGUGCUGCCUGUAAGAUAGUCGCCCACACCAUCUGUAUAGAACAACUCGAGAAGUUUCCCAGCUCUAGAGCCAUUCUGUUGGAUGCCACCCUGCCCCUCAAUGACCCCAACUUUAGAAUUAAUUUCAGGUGUAAACCGUCUUUCAGAGAAUCGAGCUCUAGGAACAUCCGAGAGUCAAUUGUGGUGCGUCAUCACUGGGUGCACCGGAGGCGGCAAGAAGGCAAAUGCAAACAAUGUGGGAAGGGUUUCCAACAGAAGUUUGCUUUCCAUAGUAAAGAGAUUGUAGCCAUCAGUUGCUCCUGGUGCAAACAGGCUUACCACAACAAGGUGUCCUGCUUUAUGCUCCAGCAAAUUGAAGAGGCUUGUCCAAUAGGAGCUCACGCUGCCCUUAUUGUUCCGCCUACAUGGAUCAUUCGAGUCCGACGCAAUCAGUCUUCUAUGAAGUCAAGUAAGAAGAAGAAGAGAACAUCAUUCAAGAGGAAAAGCAGCAAGAAAGGAGCAGAGGAAGGACGACAGUGGAAGCCGUUUUUAAUCCGACCCAUCCCUUCACCGCUGAUGAAACCCCUGCUGGUGUUUGUCAACCCCAAGAGUGGAGGAAACCAGGGCAAUAAGAUCCUGCAGUCCUUUAUGUGGUACCUGAAUCCCAGACAGGUAUUUGACCUGAGCCAAGGUGGACCACAUGAGGGCCUGGAGCUGUAUCGUAAAGUCCAUAACCUGAGUAUCCUGGCCUGUGGAGGAGACGGCACCGUGGGCUGGAUCCUGUCUUGUCUUGAUGAACUGGCAUUAAAUCCUCAACCUCCUGUUGCCGUGUUACCACUAGGGACAGGAAAUGACCUCGCCAGGACCCUCAACUGGGGAGGGGGCUUUACAGAUGAACCUCUGUCUAAGAUCUUGUCCCAUGUUGAGGACGGAACAGUUGUCCAGUUAGACAGAUGGAAUCUACAGGUUGAACCAAACCACAGUGCAGGGGCUGAACCGGACGAACAGCAAACUGAUAAGCUCCCUCUAGAUGUUUUCAACAAUUACUUCAGCCUUGGAUUUGAUGCCCAUGUGACUCUAGAGUUCCACGAGUCAAGAGAGGCCAACCCAGAGAAGUUUAAUAGUCGUUUUAGGAAUAAGAUGUUCUAUGCUGGGACAGCAUUCUCAGAUUUCCUGAUGGGAAGCUCCAAAGACCUGUCAAAGCACAUCAAAGUGGUGUGUGACGGGACAGAUUUAACAUCGAAGGUUCAGGACUUGAAGCUGCAGUGUCUGGUCUUCCUCAACAUCCCCAGAUACUGCGCAGGCACUACACCUUGGGGAAACCCCGGUGAACAUCACGACUUUGAACCUCAACGCCACGACGAUGGCUACAUCGAGGUCAUUGGAUUCACGAUGACUUCACUGGCUACUCUUCAGGUUGGAGGUCAUGGCGAGAGGUUGAACCAGUGCAGAGAAGUCACCCUCACCACUACAAAACCUCUCCCAGUACAGGUGGAUGGGGAACCGUGCAGACUCGCUCCCUCCGUCAUCCACAUCAGCCUCAGAAACCAGGCAAACAUGGUUCAGAAAACCAAACGACGGACCUCACUACCGCACCUUAACGAUCAACAGCCAGUCCCAGAAAAGCUGAGGAUCAGAGUCAGCAGGAUCAGUAUGACUGACUAUGACGCUCUGCACUAUGACAAGGACCGACUACGACAAGCAUCCAUUCCUCUGGGACUAAUCGUGGUUUCUGGUGACAGCGACUUGGAAACCUGCAGAGAACACAUCCAGCGUUUGCAGGAGGACUUCUGUUCUGUCCACCCCUCCCCCAGAUGCGUGGGACUGCAGGAGGAGGCAGCCAAGCCAAAGAGUCUUUCUUCACAAAGAUUAUCUCCAAAGUGGUGUUUCCUUGACUCUACGACGGCAGAUCGAUUCUACAGGAUUGACAGAGCACAGGAACAUCUGAACUACGUAUCAGAAAUCUCCCAAGAAGAGAUCUUCAUCUUGGACCCUGAACUGGUUGUCAUGACAACUGUAGGCACCUCUCCUUCAGCCAUGCCUGACCUGGUGAACCCCGUCUCCAGCCUGGUAAACAGUAGUUCUUCCCAAAGGCAACGAGUGAACAGUGACAGCUCUGCCAGUGACGCUUUGACAGACGACACCACACCUGUCGCCAGCAAACUCAGCAGGGCAGGUUGCAUCCAUCGUUCCAACACCACUGCUGCUGACUUCAAACCAAGACUGAGACAAGAAAAGUGCCAAAAGACAAGUGAAACGGAGAAGGAGCGAGAACAAGAAAUGUUGAUCGAGUGUGUGAAGAACAAGGACAGGAAGAAGCUGCAGGAGCUACACCUGAAGGGGGCAGACCUCACAUUCCUGGACCUAUCGGGCUGCAGUUUGCUGUACCACGCUGUCGGUACAGGAAGCAAAGAGAUGGUCCGCUAUAUCCUUGACAAUGCUCCAAAUGACCUGCUUGAUGUCACAGAAAAACUACAUGGGGAGACGGUUCUUCAUCUAGCUGCAUCUCUGUGCCACAGGACUAUCUGUCAUUAUCUGGUAGAAGCAGGAGCCUCACUGAUGAAAUCAGACCUACAGGGUGAGACUCCUAAGAACAGGGCUGAGAAGGCCAAGGACUCUGAACUGGCGGCCUAUCUGGAGAACAGACAGCACUACCAGAUGAUACAGAGAGAAGACCAGGAAACGGCUGUCUGAAACUGUCGAACUCUUUACGAGCAGGAUGUGGAUGAAGACACUGCUGUCUUCUUCGUCCUCCUCUUCGUGAGACUUGAGAGAGUGAGACAGCAGCUCAUUGAGGCCUGGGUGACAGAAAGAGUGGUACACACCUUCCAAUUUGUGCUUGCAAGGAGUGACUCAGAGUCGACAGAUUGCAGACGGAGAGAAGCUGUGUCAAAUCUGAUCGCAAUAUGCAUUUGGUAAUUAUUAUUAUUAUAGUGACUAAAAUAAUGGACCAUUGAUGGUAGUGAUAGCUACACUGGGGCUUGAUGUUAACAAAGGUGAGGAAAAACAGUAAAAUUAUGAGACGUACAGUACAUGAAGUCAUUCUUUUUGUAUUUUGAGUAGCUCAGAAAUGUUUGUGAAGUCAAGAAAAUAGAAACAGCUUUAAGGUGAUCAUCUUGUUUCUGACUUUGAAUCGUAAUUUGGGCAGACUUGUUCUUAAAACUCCUUAAGAAAGAAAGGACUCUAACCUAACAUGGAUCAUUCAGGAAAAAUAUUAAUGAUAAUGCAAUGUUUUGCGGGACCUCUUUGGUGUCAGGCAGAAAAUUGAGUACAAAUUCUAAUGCUAAUAUCAUGGUUAAAAAACUCAGGAAAUGUAGUUUAUUUCAUGAAACCAUGGAGUAACGAUCUAAUGAGGCUUUCACUGCAAACCCCACUUAAAGUGGCUAUACCUUUAGAGGCUGCAAAGUGCAUUACACACCAACAUGUAAGAGAAAUUUCGGCUCCAUGGUGAAAGAAACCAAUUAAAAGGUCAGGCGGGUCGAACCCAUUUCAUCAAAUUCAGUCCAUUAGCUUUUGUGUGUUUUUAAUAUUUGGGGAUUGUGAAAUCAUAAGGAUUUAGGAAUAUCAAUAUCAGGUUUCAUGGCAAUCUACUGUAAUAGUUGUCAAGAGAUCUUGUUUGGACCAAAGUGCUAGACUGACCAACCGAGCUAUGAUCAUCCCUCAGCCCCAACUAAUGACACAAUUAAUGUUUAUCAAUUGGAAUGAUGCUCUGUUAUUAUUUUAAUGUGCAUAAAUGCCAUCAUCCGUUACGUUGUGAACCUGCUUUGGUUGGUCUUACCUCACCCAUACGACUUUAUCAAUACAUUGUACAUACUGUGUUUUGUUGGCUUAUAUUAACAGAUUCUUGAGAUUAUUAUUAUUAUUUAUAUGUU